AUGACAACAUCGGAUGAAGGGAUGGAGUCUUCACAGGAAGCUCACACUGAUGAUGACGAUGGUACUCAUGAGCAGCAGCAACAGCGGCAAGAGGAAGAGGUGGCAGGAGCAGUAGUGGAGGAGGCGGUUGUUGAUGAUGAGGAAGACGACGACGACCACCAUGACCAGCCUGCUGCAGAAGGUGGGGAUGAUGAUGAGCAGCAGGAGGAGGAGAUGGCGAUGUUCGAUGACCUCAUGGAAGCGGCACUCGAUGAUGUAGAUCAUUACCAUCUGGAUGUUAUCGAUAUCGUCUCUUUGCAGUCAGUGAGGCAUGAACAACAGGAGGAGGGAGUGGCGGCUGUAGAGGUACCAUCCGAGCAGAAGGAAGCACCAGCAGAGGAUGUAGAGCUACAGCACAAUGAGCAGAUCGGGGGUGAUGGUGCUGUCGAGGUACAGGCUACUCCUGUCCUGGCCACUGCUACCUCCUCUAGUGACGCUGCUACAUCUGAGAGCGACCAACAGGAAACGGUGACGGGCUCGACGACAGAAGUAUCCCGACUUACACGAGAGUUGUUAGUUUUGACAAGACAACUGGGAGAGCUACAGUCGGAGAAGCUCUCUCUACAAUGUCAGCUAUCCGAUGCUAAUAGUCGGCUGCGACCAUUAGAGUAUGAUAAUCAAUCAUUGCAAGCAGAGACGAAAAGGUUAGGAUCUAAGGUGGAGGAGUUGUGGCAGUUAGUAGAGCAUGCUACGACGGAUAAAGAGAGGACUCUUACUGAAAUGCAGAAGACGAGACUGGAUCACAGUACACAACUGUCUGGGAUGAAGAGCCGUUUGGAGAAUGCUGAGGCGGAGUGUCGACGUCUUACUAAGUUACAUGAGAAUUCAGAGAGGAAGUUGGAGGAUACAGUGAAGGAUUUGGCCUCGGCAAGGGAGAGCGGCGCGAGUGAAAAGUCUAGUCUAGAGGGUAUCAUCAGCUUGAAACAGCAAAUGGUGUGUAAUCUGGAAGAACAGCUGAAAACGCAGAGUGGGGAACUGGCUGAGACCAAGCAGGAGUUGAAUAAUACGUUAUGUUCGUUGUCGGUGGCGCGAGGAAAGGUUGAAACGGUGGAGAAGGAGAGAGCAGCGUUGGUGAAAGAGAGAGACGCAUUGAAGGAGGAGAAGGAAAAGUAUCUUAGAGAGAAGGCAAGCGGCAAGGGACGAAUUGCUGUUAAUACAUCUACUAUGGAAGAGGGGGGCCGGCAACGGCGUUCGAUCACGGACAUUGCUGGUGAAGUUCUCGGAGUUGAAGCUCUACCACAAGGAGGGUUCCCUCUAUCGGCAUUGGUUGAUGCAUUGAUGACGGCUAGGGAUGAAGCUACUGAGCUGAGGAAAGCCAAUGCGCAUUUGGAGGACGUUUUGGAUGAGAUCAAUGCCCACGUUGAAGCAAAGGCGCCCGAGAUAGACGCCAUCCAACGUCAGAAUGAUGAUCUUGUUGUGAAACUCCAAGAUGCAAAUGAGAAGAUAGAGAUAGGUAACGCUCGAUUGAGGGAGACUAAGGACAAAUUGAACAGCGAGUCCCAUGCACGUCGACAGAUGGAGGCCAGCGUGUCUAGUCUGAGGUUGCAGUUGCAGGAGCAGGUCAAUCAAACAUCGGUGUUGUUGCAUGAGGUAGAAGUUAUGAAGAGUAGUGGGAGUCGAGGAGGAGUUAUGAAGAGGAAGAGAAUGUCAUCGAUAUCGUCGCCGUCAUCGUCUCCGAGUGAGGCGGGGGCUGUCCCUGUCGUAGAGGGAUCAUCACCAGUCACCUUUAUGACGGUAGCAGAGCUGGUAUCACAGAAUACAUCAUUGAAGGCAUCAGUAGCUAGGUUACGGAAUGAAUGUGAGAUUGAGGCUCAGAAGGAGCUAGCUCAGUUGAGGCUAGACUGGCAGAAGCUGGAUGAAGCCUAUAAGGAUCUUGCGAAGGCUCGUGAAUCUGACCGGGCGACAUAUGAAGGCCUUCUUUCCCGGGCUGAUAAAGAGAAGAGAGAGCUGAUGCAGAACAUUGAGGAGAUGAGGAAAUCUCUACAGGACUUGUCAGCAGCACAAGCUGAUGGGACUGGUGAUGCAGGAGCGGGCGCUGUGAGCUCCCCUUCCCGAGGAGCCUCCAAUGCUGCUGAGGGAAAGAUCAGUUUACUACAAGACAAGUUGGAGACGGUGAAAACUGAAUCACAGAAACAGAUCGACUUGCUACGACAAGAAAGUCUAACGUUGAGGGAGGAGAAUAGGAAGCUCAGCACGGAGAGUAUACGCCUAAAGACGAUGUUGCAACUAGAGAAGGAUAGGAAGUCGGUGAUCUCUGAGGCCAUGUCGGAGUUGAGAGCAUCUUUGAAGAGGGUGGAGGACGAUGCACGGGCGACUGAGAAGAGGAGUGCAUCUUUAGCGGCGCAGAAUGCCACAUUGGAAGGCUCUGUUAAAACAGUAGUGCACGAGCGUUCGAUAGCACUGAGGGAGAAGUCAGAGGCGUUGGAGAAGAUGCACAGUGCACAAGCUCGAGUGGAAGUUUUCAGCGAGCAAUUGCAAGCUGUGUUGGGAGAGAAGGCCAAGAUUGCUAGCCUUUUGGUGGAGACCCAACAGCGGGUGUCUGAGGAGACCCAGAGCGCGAGAGAGAUGGCGAGGGAGCAGACAGAGAAGGUCCUUCAUGAGAUGGAAGAGUUGAAGAACAAUCUUGUGUUUUAUCGUUCGGCAUAUGAGGAGCAGAGCUCUACUUUAAGCUCUUCGAAGGAGUCCAUUAAGCGGUUAGAAGAGGAAGCAUCAAAGUUUGCUGAUGAAAGACGGGGUUGGAUUACAGAGAAGCAGUCGUUGAUUGAUAAGAUUAAGCUGUAUAAGAGUCGGGCUUCUAUCGGGUCUUCUGCUUCUUCUCCUCCGCCUGUUGGUGCUGCGGGUGAGUCGGCAUCUAGUAGCUCCACCGGAAGGCAACAGCUCGAGAGGAUGCUGAGUGUGGCGAGGGCUGAGGUUGAGGCACAGAAGUCUAGCAGUGAGGUGCUGCAGAGGGCUGUUAAGAGUUUGGAGGAUCAGAUCAAGAAUAGUGAUGAGAAGAUUGGGAAGUUGACAGCUGAUCUGAACGCAAAGGAGGCGGAGUUGACGGCAGCUCGAACGGCUGUACAGAACGCAGAGAAGAAGAUAGAGGAGUUCGAAUCUAAGGGUGGUCUGGCACGUAGCGAUGCUGAAGCACUACGGGAGCAAAUACAUAAUCUGGAGGAAGAUCUGAAGCAGGCUAAGGGCGAAAUCGAGUUGGCGAACGCGAAGGCUGUGGAGGCUGGCAAUGCGUUGAAGGAUGCUAAGCAGGAGUACACUAGAGAGUUCAUUAAGAGAGGGAAGGAGGCAGAGCAGUUGGUAGCAGCUAGACAGGAGGGGGAGAAGGCUGUAGAGGAUAUGAAGAGGGAUAUUGAAGAGCUCGAGGGUAAAUUGAAGGAGAAGGAUGAGGCUCAUGCUGAGACUAAGAGGCAGCUUAGUGCAGCAGAAGAGAUGGUUACACAAAGUGAACAACGUAUCAAGGCAUUGGCAGAAGAGAAUGAUAAAUACCAAACUUUGUUCACAUCGUCAUCAUCAUCGUCGAAGAAGACUGAGGACAGCACAACAGGAUCACCGACCCAUAACGAGAUUGGCAAGCUGAAGGCUCUAUUGCAGCAAGUGAAUGAAAGCAAGAAGCUCCUCAUUGCGAGAGAACAGGAAGCGCUCCUGGAGUGCUCUCGGCAUAAGACGAGGUCAUUGGGUCUCGAGAAGGAUCUUAACCGGCUGGAGGAACGUCUGAGGCAGCAGGAGGAUCAUAUCGAGAGGAUGAGAGAAUCUGAGGAAAAGUACUCCUUGCUGAAUGCGAAGGUGCAGGAGUUGUCGAUGUACGAAUCUGAAUAUCACCGGUUGAAGAUGGAGCUUGAGACACAACGACAGAACUUGCAGAAGACUCAAGCAGAACUAGAAGCUGCUAAGGAGGAGAGCAGCAAGUUGAAGGCACAGCUGAAUGAGUGCACUGAGAGGUUCCGUCACCAGAGUGUAGCAAUGAAGGCGACGGCAGCGAAGGCUGAGAGGUUUGAGAAGUUGCAUGCUGAGCUUACUAAGAAGUAUGCCAAUAUGGAGCCGGCUGAGAUUGCACAGUUGAGGGAGAAUGAGCGGAAGUUGAAGGCCGAGCUGGCACAGGCCCAAGCACAUGUUAAGGAUAAGGAUGCUAAAGUGGAGUCUCUGCAGAAUGCAUCCAAGGUUUUGCAAGGGAGAGUUGCUGAACUCGCGAGUCAGGUCCGUAAUCACGAGGCGAAUAUGAAUAGUGUGAAGCAGGAAGCUGAAAAGAAGGCCAAGAAUCUUGAAGAACAGGUAAAGGUGUCGGGAAUUGGUUUGAUGAAUGAUUUCAUGGAUCUGAACUCAGUUAUCGAUGAAGAUUUCGUUUGCUGA